GAUGACAAUGACAACUAUAAAUAAAUGAAACUGACCCAAAGCAUUGCACUGACGAAUUUUCUACGAAAUCGGCGCAGUCCAAGAAAACGGACUUUGUAGUGCUUCUGUCGCCUGGCACUGUCUGCAAAGGAGUGCGUGAUGAAGGGACUGUAUUGCAAGCUGAACAAUGACUCUGAAGACGUUAAAUUUGUAAUCCAUCAGACGAACCCACCACAAAGCAUUGGAGAUCACCAGGUGAAGGUUCAAGUGAAAGCAUGUGCACUCAGUCCUGUUGACACAAAGGCAAGCUCUGACCUGAAGCUCCAAAAGGACUUGAUACCAGUUGGACGAGAAAUUACUGGAAUUGUUCUCCAAGUUGGACCUAAGGUGUCCUUUUUUCAGCCAGAAGAUGAGGUCGUAGGGGUCCUGCCCUUAGAUUCAGAAACAUCUGGCCUAUGUGACGUAGUCUUUAUCCAUGAGCAUAACUUAGUUCAGAAGCCUGAGAAGUUAAGCUGGUUUGAGGCAGCAGGAGCUAUCAGAGAUGGACUCAAAGUUUACACAGCAUUACACACCCUUGCCCGUAUGGCCAUGGGCCACACACUGCUUGUGCUAGAUGGAGCAAGUCCCUUUGGAGUCAUGGCCAUUCAGCUGGCCCAUUAUCACGGAGUGAAAGUCCUGGCGACAGCCCUCUCCCCCGAGGACCAGAAGUUUCUGGAACAGCUCCGACCAAGCGUCGCCAGGGUUAUUGGGGUCUGGGAUGUGAAAGUGGAUCUGGUGGACUCCUGCUUGGAAGAAACCGGCGGACUUGGUGUGGACAUUGUCAUUGAUGCAGGAGUGAGGCUUUAUGAGGAAGAACCUCCUAGUCGGCAUCAGCUUCCUCACAAGCAUGACAUCAUCACCGUGCUUGGGGUCGGGGGUCACUGGGUGACAUCAGAAAACAACUUGCAGCUGGAUCCUCCAGAUAGCCACACUCUCUUCCUCAAGGCAGCCUCUUUGUCCUUCCUCAAUGAGGAGGUUUGGGGAGCCUCAUGUGUCAGACAGGGAAGAUACCUCCAUAUCAUGAAGGAUGUGAUGGAGAAGCUAUGCACAGGAACUUUGAGGCCGCUGCUAGAGGACCCUGUGCCUUUGUAUGAAGCCACUGUUUCCAUGGAGAUGGUGCAGAAAAAGCAAGUGAGGAAGAGGGUAGUGAUUAAGCUCUGAGGAGAGACAACUAUCCCAGAAUUCCACAGAGCGACAUUGGACCGCUUUAACCGUCAUGCAUGAAUUUGUUAAUGAUUUAAAUGUCCUUAGCGAUCAGUUAUUGGUUUUGUUGUGUGUG